AUGGACAACAGGCUCUUUAAGCAGGACUUUGGAGAGAAGAUCGUCGGGCUGGAAGGAGAGGUGGAACUCCUGAAGAGGCAGCGGUGGGUGAUGAUGAGCAGGUUGGGGAGGAGGCAGGGGGUCUGCAGUUCCUUGUUUCUGUAUUUGGCAUCUGCUGAGAAACAGUUAGCGUCAGGUCUGGAAGGAGAGGUGGAACUCCUGAAGAGGCAGCGUGCCGAGUUGCAUGCGUGUUUGAAGCGGCAGAGAGCAGGUGGGCAGCUCGGCUGCCCCGGGGACAGCGGAUCAGAGACGCGAGCGGGGAGCGGACUACCGGAGACGACGGACAUCCGGAGGGAACUGGAGGAGCUUCGGAAAGAGAAUCACCAGCUAUGCCAGGCCAAGGAGGGCCGAGUUCCCAAUGGCUCCCACACAAUGCGCAGGUCAAAUUCAGGAACAGAGACUGUACCUGAUGACUUCGUGCAGACGAGGGAGGAGAAUGUAAUUUGCAAACUCUGUCAAGAGGCAGCCUCGUUAACCAAACCCAAGAAGCAGUGCAGCAACUGUGGGGGCAUCUUCUGCACUGGUUGUGCAGCCAACACGCUGCCCCUGCCCUCCUCCCUGCAGCCGGUGUGUGUGUGUAACACCUGCCAUGUGGCACUGCUGGAACAGUAUGCGCCACCGCCCUGAGGGUGCCCAGCAGCCCGUACACGCUGACAAUCGCCGACACCUGCAGCAUCAGGGAGUGCCUGCUGCCCCAACCCUCCUCUUCCCACAACCUCCUGACACAUCGCAGGGAGAUCCGUGCCCUCCUUUGUCGUCUUUGUAACCCUUCGGGACCACCGUCCACUUGGACAUUUGUUCUUUGGGACGUUAAUCGUCCCGUCCAGAUACGUCCGUGGAAUUGUUGCUUGUUCCUCAUCACGUCUGGGACUGGGGGCUGGAGUCCAGAUUAUCUUUGUGUAGUCAAAGUCCGAUACCCCUGUCUUUGUACUCUGGCAACAGGGUGUAAACCAGUCUAAUCCUUGCCAGACGGGGGUAUGGCUCUGAUGUAGAAACAAAGAAUGGCAAAUGCUAGUUUAUACCAGAUAUGGACACAUCUCUGGAAAACAUGGACACAAAGUACUGGAGUAAUUCAGUGGGUCAGGCAGCUUCUCUAGAGAACGUAGAUCGGUGACGUUUCGGGUCGGGUCUGAAGAAGGGUCUCGACCCGAAACGUCACCCAUCCUUGUUCUCCAGAGGUGCUGCCUGUCCCGCUGAGUUACUCCAGCACUGUGUCCAUGUUCUCUAAAGAUGCUGCCUGACCCGCUGAGUUACUCCAGCACUCUGUGUCCAUAUUCUCCAGAGAUGCUGCCUGACCUGCUGAGUUACUCCAGUAAUUUGUGUCUAUAUCUGGUAUAAACGAGCAUUUGCCAUUCUUUGUUUCUACAUCAGAGCAGAUACAAUUGGUUUUCCAGCCCGCCCACACCCAUCCCUCUCAGAGGGCUAUGGAAAGCAGUUCUUUGACCAAUUGUGAUUGUCCCAUUGUGCAGAGAGUUUGAACAACCGCAAUGCAGGCUAGACUGAGCCCCAAGACACUGGAUCAUAUGCCGUUCGUUCAAUUACCUUGCUCGUGUGCCAGUGAAUUCUUUCUUCUGUGCAAACUUUGUAAACCAGCGUGCUUUUGAAAAGGGAAUUGGCAGCAUUGGUGGUGAGGCAAUGAUCUCAACGCAUGCUGCCUAACAAGAGGAUUUUGAUACUCUUGGCUUCAGGCUUUCAGCAUCGAAUGUUUUUCAGCAAGAGUACUGAUCAGACAGGACCCCUCAAAUUGUCACGGUGAUGUUCACAGCUGCAUUCACAACUGGCAUCACCAUGUUACCUCAUACUACAAAGUAGUUUAAAUUAAAGCAGGGACAGGUAUUUUCUUAACAAGUUUCUCUCUUUUAUGGGACUUUAAUAAUUAAAUGUGUGCAAAUCAUUGAUUAAUGACCAAAUGUACCUUGAUAUUGUCACUGUUGAGUGUACAUCAAUAUUGGUGUCUGUUAACUCAAGUCCUCUCUAUAAAACUGGACAACAGUUAUGAGGAAAUUUGCACUGCAUUUGGGGAUGUGAACUAGAAUAUUGUUGUGUGGAGGAGUAUUACAUUUUGCUUGUCCUCCCACUGUCUGGGUUCAACUGGAUGUCCUGAUGAUUGCUGUUUGUUGAAUGAAUAAACCUUCGCUUUGUGCAAUGAA